ACACUUCGCGGCCGUGACGUGGGCUGACUCCCUACAAACGCAGAAAGAGGUUGGGGAUUGGAGGCAUCUUAAUUUUAACUCCGUGCAUCAGCAGGGCACGAGACACACCCAUUUCUCUCAUCACCAACAUCCUAAAAGCCCUUUCCCGUCACAAGACCCCCUGCUACACAUCCCAGAGGCGCAUCAGCGAUCCUGGCUGCUUUUAUUUCAUUUUUUUUUUAAUUUCAUUUAAUUUUUUCCUGCUUUGCAACAUCAGCACACUCCAGAAAUCGCACUUUGAGUUUUUCCAACCAAAGGAGACUUGCAGAGAAGAGGCGAAUAGUUUGGAGACGCGCACCGGGGAUUCUGGGAUAAAACGUGCUCGUUUGCAGUUUAUCAUCCAUUACAGUCACUUCCUUCCGCGUCUCACCGAAGAUGGCCAACGCGGGUGUUCAGCUUUUAGGAUUUUCCCUGUCGCUCAUUGGUAUUAUUGGACUCAUCAUUGGGACGAUUCUGCCCCAGUGGAAGAUGUCCGCGUACAUCGGCGACAACAUUAUAACAGCGGUGGCCAUGUACCAGGGACUCUGGAUGUCGUGCGCUUUCCAGAGCACCGGGCAGCUCCAGUGCAAAAUCUACGACUCCAUCCUACAGCUUGACAGUGCUCUCCAGGCGACUCGUGCCCUGAUGAUAGUCGGCAUCAUCGUCUCCAUCGCGGGGUUGGGUGUGGCCUGCAUGGGAAUGAAGUGCACUACCUGUGGUGGGAAUGACAAAGUACGCAAAUCCCGCAUCGCCAUGAUCGGGGGCAUCAUCCUGCUGGUGGGAGGGCUAUGUGCGAUUGUGGCGUGCUCUUGGUUUGCUCACAAUGUCAUCCGGGCUUUCUAUAAUCCCUACACCCCUGUCAACACCAAGUUUGAGUUUGGCGCCGCUAUCUUCAUUGCAUGGGGGGGCUCCCUCCUGGAUGUACUGGGUGGAGCCAUGUUGGCAAGUUCCUGUCCAAGAAAGAAGCAGGUGUCCAAGUACCCGCCUAUGGCCGCUGCCCGCUCUGGCCCACCCAGCAGUACCAAGGAAUACGUCUGAGAGCGCCUCCACAACUACUCGGGACUGCUCCAUCCUAAAUGAAGAAUGCUCUCCCUAUGUUAUGGAAUGAAUCAUGUGUGUAAUGAAGUUAUGGGGGCAGUUUUGAACCCUUGCCUGAUGGAAAGAAUUUCUAAAAGGGGAUUUUCUUUAUUUUCAGAUGGCCCUUUGAGUGAGACCCCCAGAUUAUCAAACAGUACUCUCCUCUCACCCCGUCCAAACAUUCCACAAUUGUUUACAAGUUGCCUUCGCAAAUCCCUUAUAAUUAGAUCCCUGAAUUAAUAGAGAGGUCCUUAGGGUGCACCCUCUUGAAUUGUAGCCAAAAUGGUGGAUUAUGGCCAACGCUUGCACCUCAAUGUUAGAUCCAGCAUCUAUUAGCGGUUCCCAUGUUAGAUCCAGCGUCUCAGCAUCAAUUAGCAUUUCCCAUGUAAUUGAAAGUAAUCACUUCCAGGUUGGUGCUUAGGAUCCAUUUAUGGCCUACUCAGGGGUUCGCCACAACAGAGGACUCACCAUGUGUGGAUAUAGUGGCUCUAAAAUAGACCUCACCAUAAGUUGGGUGUGACUUCACACAUUGGGCCGACUGUAUAUGGUGACUGUAUCACACAAGCCUUUUACUAUAGCGCUCACUAAGGGACUAGCAGUCCUUCAUACCAGUCUGUUACAAACCCUGCUUGCAUAUGAAAUACUUUAUAAUGUAGUCACCAAACCACAGGUGCCUUGUUUGUUAGUGGGAGUGCCAUGAUUGCUAUGGUAGAUACAACUGCAUCCACACUACAGGAUACACUUUAAAAACUGCCUUUAUUUAUGUCGUUGUGUGUUUUGUUCAUUAAUGUACCUAGAGUGCCGUUUCUGUUCAUAUGUAGAUUAGCGUAGAUGUGAUGAAAUGGCACGGUUCUACUUUUGAGGGCUUUGAUUUUUAUUAAGUUGUAUUUUUUAGAUGGAAACUUGUAUCUACACAAGUGUAAAGAUUGAUGUGUUUCAUGCUUUGAUCAGUUUUAAUGCUACAAUGCUAUCUUUUAUAAACUUCUGAUGUCUGGCUAAUUCCUUGUGGAAUUCGAUCCUUUCCAUAGGACGACAAUUGUAAGGCAACAUUUUAACUUGUUUCCCAUUGUCCAAAAACCAUAAUAAACACUGCA